AUGUCAACAGCAACUAUCACCACUGCAGCUGCUGCCGUUGCCGCAGAACCCACUUAUGAUUUCGCUGAUAUCAACCCUGAUCCGCUUGAAAUCGGUUCCGAGAUUAUCUCUUUGGCUUGCAUCACCGUGCUAGCAUGCGCGUUAGGUGUAAAGACUGAUGGCGAAAAGCUCAAAUCUUUAAACUAUGGCCGUGCUUUGGUUAUUAUGCUUUACUUUUUGUCCUGGGCUUUCUCGGUUACUUCUAUCAUGGUCGUUUCUACUAACAACCAUAACAUCGUUUCUUGUACUUUGGGUAUGCUUUCUUGCGACGUCUUCUAUGCUGGUAGUAAAAUUGCUAUUUAUGCUUGGCUGAUUGAACGUGUACACAUGGUUACUGCUGUCAAGACAACCCGAAUGAAGACAUGCCAGUACAAGUUCCACAUUGUUCUACUUUGCCCCUACAUUAUCAUCUUUGUCCUCAUGGUUACCUUCCGAAACAUCUACUUGGAAGAAGAUGGCACAUGUACAAUUGGUUUGCAGCCAAUUGCCAGUAUUCCACUCUUGAUCUAUGACUUUAUCUUCAACUUAUAUCUUACAUGGCUGUUUAUGCAUCCACUGAUGAAUGUUGGAAGGAAUACCCGAACCGACUGGAAGAGCACCAAACUGUAUCGAUUGGCCCGUAAGACACUUGUGGCAUCCCUUGUAUGUUUGCUUAUUUCCUUCCUCAAUGUGCUUGUGGUUGUAUUGACAUCGGGUCAUGAACGUGGUUUGGUAUGCUUGACCAUGUGCACAGUCGAUGUAACGAUCAACGUAAUUACUGUCCACUGGGUCACUACAAGCGGUAGCAAGAAGAAUGGUCACACUGACACACGCGCCAAGAACCUUCAAACGACUGAUCACAUUACCGGUGAAAUGACAUUUGAUGGUGAUGCUACCGCUACUGCUCACCAUGAACGAUCCAUGAAACAUGACUUGCCUGUUGUUCAUCCUACUUCCAGAGAAGAUGAUACUGACAGCGCAACGUCAGCUGAAUUGACAGGAUCUUCAAAGCACAUUAACAAAUACUAG